UGGAGCAGUAUCUCCAGACAAUACUAUAAAAGGUUAAAAAGUAUCCAGUGCCUGAGCGGAAUUUUUAUUUAAAAAAUUUCCUGACAUAUCUGCCCGAUUCGUUGCGCUUCCAGCCGACGGUGCACCGUCGAAUGGUCAGAAUGGCUUUUUAAUUAGUCUGCUAAUAUUGUGAACCACUAUCGGGUCAAACUGGAGUGGAUGUAGUAGAAACUACCAGCGUUGCGGUGUUGCUCGUUCCACCAUUACAUUGCUCCUCCAAAUCGUGAACCACGAUAAUAUAUCUGGUUCUGCCAGGGGGAGAUUCUUGCUGAUGGAGCGAUGCCAGAGGAUGUUAGUCACAUGUUUCGUGGCGCUGUUACGGAUAUUAGCCAGCACGGCACAGAAUAGCGCUUUCAACUGCUACUCCUGCACCUCCGAAUACACGAGCUCCACGGCCUCCUUGGUUUUUGAUGCCAAUACCUGCCCGAGUCCCAACACGGAGGCCUGCAGUUCGGGGGCGUGUUUAGCCGCCAUGUGGACGGAUCCCAAGGUCCAAGUGAACAAGGUGACGCGGGCCUGCGCAGAUCCCAACAAAUGGACCUACGACGCGGCCCAGCACAAGCAGCUGAUCAGCGACAAAAAAGUGCCAGCCGGCAUGACCUACUGCCUAACGGAUGCCGAUCCCAAGCAGAAAGUAUCGAGCAGCAUACAGCGCAUCUGCUUCUGCACCACCAAUACCCUCUGCAACAAACUCAACUGGGCUGACCUGCUGAAAUCCACCAAUUACACCCUGUCCGGCAUGGCCUCCACGGCCAUGAAUGCGCAAUCCAGUUCAGUCUAUCCGGUGUGGAACUUAGGUGUACUAUUAACAAGCGCUUUGGUUGUGCUGUCCUUCCUUUUCCGUGAUUGACGCCGCUGACCGUAAUGAGAACCUAGUGUUGAUGUGGGCGUGGCUGAACGAAGGGGUCUGCUUAGAUUUUGGAGAAGUCUUGUACGCUGGUGUUGUGCAGCGGUGUACUGCAGUUCAGCAGCAGUACGAUUAAUUACUGCAUUUUCCUGAUAAACACAACGGAAAACUGUGCUAACGUUGAACAUUGUUCAGUGUGUAACUGUGUGUUAAAGCUUGAUAUUAUAGUGUUACCUGGUUAUGUGGUCCCUGUUUUCUUGCAAAAGAGUUUUGCAGCUUACUGUAAUGGUGUGUUUCUCUCCCGAAACGAAACGUUAGCGCGGUUGGUUACUAAAAACUGCAGAUAAAACACAAUGGAGAUAAAUGGCAUAGUUUUGCAAUAGA